CAUAAAAUCAACACUUUACCAUUCAGACAACAGUCAUGGCCUCUAUGCUGGCGAGAAAGGGUUUAGGCCUAUCAACUUUGGCCCGACGUUUAGCAGUUUUACCACGAAUUGCUUCACAAAGAUGUCAGUCUAGUGCCCCCGUAGCUACGCCAGAAAAUGUGACUGCUAUAAAUACAUCAAGCGAUUUCAAGAAAGUAAAAUUUACAAUUGAAGAACCGAGUGUAGCAGAACUUGCUGAUCUCAGCAUGUGGUAUAAGAUAUGCUAUAUUUUCACGAUACCAACAAUUAUAACUCUUGGAUACUAUGCUUUGGUGGUUAAUCCAGAGGAGGAAUCAAGACCAGAGUUUAUACCCUAUGACCAUCUUAGAAUUAGAACAAGGAUUUUCCCAUAUCAUGAUGGUAAGAGAAACAUGAUGUAUAACCCUGAAGUGAAUGCUUUACAAGAUGGUUACGAGUCUCCAUCAACUCAUGGAAGCCCAUAUUAAAAAUAAACAUUAUGUUUGUGAUACACAAAAAGAACUUUUCAUCAGAAAUUUUAACUUAAGUUUUGUAUAUGUUUCUAUAUUGAGGUUGAUAGACCAUUAAAAGAAAUACUUGA